UCAGUGACGCUGCUGAUGCUCCUGGUGAAUAUUAGGCAUCCGCGGUAAACGUACAAUAAUUUUCCAUAAGCAGUUAGCGGCUAGUCGCCACCGCCUUAGUAUGGAUUCGCUUUUGAUACCAACACCUAGUAAGCAGUUUGCUGGCAUGAAGCAUGCAGAGAAUUACCUGAAAUAUCGUCCUGAAUGGCCGCAAGAACUCGUCUUGAGAAGUGUGGCCUUUUUGAUGGAAAAGGUAAAAGAGCCUUUCAAACUUGCUCUCGAUGUUGGAUGCGGAUCAGGUCAAAGUUCACGACCUCUGGCCCCACAUUUUAAAAGUGUCCUUGGUAUUGAUGUGAGCCAAGCUCAGAUAGAAGUCGCCCAAACCGCUGUUAAUCCGAAGAAUGUUGAAUACAUUGUGGGAAGGGCAGAGAACAUUCCACUUCCUCGAAAUUCAGUGGACUUUAUUUCAAGUGGUGAGUCGUUCCAUUGGUUUGACAAAGAGGCGUUUUUCAGAGAAAUUGAUAGGGUCUUGACGCCGGGUGGAUGUGUAGCUGUGUACCUAUACGGUAGAAUAAUGCCAUGGGUUGAAGGGGACGACGCUAGGAAUGUAAAGAUGAAGGAGGUUGUGAACGAGUUUCAUGAUGUGACAAUAGGGCAGUAUUUUAGCAAUAAGACGAAAAACCUAGCAAACCCGGAGAACCUUCACGUCCCAUACGCAGAAUAUAAACGAGAAAACAUCGUUUCAUUUAAGGAAUCUACCGUGGAUUUGUAUCUGAACUACGUCAGGACAUUGUCGGGCUAUCAAAACUACAUAGAACAAAAUACCAACGGCGAAGACAUCUUGAACACACUGAGCGAUCGACUUCUUGCCAUUUUGGAAGCGCCUUCUGCGGCUAUGAAAAUAUACCAGCGAAGUCCAGUGUGUAUGCUUCUCGGGAGGAAACCGGACAUUGGCCGAUAA